UGGGCAUUUCAUUUUGUGAUGGUAUUUUAAACGUUGCAGGAAAGACUGUUAAAACCCUUGCUCAAUUAUGGCAGUCCCGUUUCAGAAGCUUCCAAAUGGAGCAAAUAUGCCAAGACUCGGUUUUGGAACCUGGUUGUCUAAACCAGGCGAAGUCACCGACGCCGUUAAGAAGGCUAUUGACAUUGGUUAUCGCCAUAUUGAUACUGCGCGUGCUUAUCAAAACGAGAAAGAAGUGGGCGUGGCACUGAAUGCAAAGCUUACCGACGGCACUGUGAAAAGAGAAGAUUUAUUUGUAGUCACGAAGCUGUGGAAUGUAGACCAUCAUCCAGAAGACGUCAAGGACGCCCUUUUGACUUCGCUCAAAGAUUUACAACUGCAAUAUUUAGAUUUGUAUUUAAUUCACUGGCCAAUGGCAUAUGUAGCGCUUCAUUGA